GGCAAAUGCUCCUAAUGGACCCGACACGUGCAGAUUCCGGGGAGCAACGACCAAGCAAGGGGCUGUGCACUGAGACGGCCAAGACCACGGCCGCGACUCAAGGACAACGCCAGCGGACCCGUGCUGCCAUAGCAUGUGCCGUCUGCCGCUCGAGGAAGACAAAAUGUGAUGGUCGUCGACCGGUGUGUGGAUAUUGCCAUCGAACCCGCUCCGACUGCCAGUAUGAUGUUGUUGACGCCGCAACCACGGUCUUAAGCUAUGACGUGGGUUCUCGGAUCCUUCAGGCCAUUGAGCAACUGACCGAACUGGUUAAGACCAAUGUUCAUCAGGAGACAAUGCAGUCGGGCCCCACGGGAGCUUUCGCCCCCCUUGCUUUGUCGCAAGGACCCAGUUCUAGCCCUCGACUCGCUAUAGAUCGUUGGACUAACCAGCUGUCUAACGUAUCUUCGCCCUAUCAAUAUAUCUCCUCGGAAGGGUUGGAUAGCGUUGUCAGAUGGCAUGUAUUCCCCUCGGAAAUCGGCAAGAUCCCUGUGGACAACGGAAAGCCUAUCCCAAUGCCGGAUGAGCUACCCCCAAUCGCCAUGGUAGAGCUCAACAGACUGCUGGUAAACUAUCGUCGUGUGGUUCACGAUAAGAACCCCAUGCUCGAUAUGGUCACGCUCUAUCGCUAUAUGACCCAUGUAUCCGAAAAUGGGCUUGACUUUUCAACGCGUACCUGUCUUGUUAUGCUUGUCUGCGCGAUUGGUGCGCUGUGUCAGGAAAAUAUGCUUGAGACACCUGGUAAUCUUCCUGUACCUGGUCGCAGCAGUGAUCUGGAUAUAGCAUACCGAUUCUGGAGCGUUGCGGCGAAACGGCUUGGGUGCGCCAUGAGCAAGAACACCCUUGAGUCAGCGCAAUGUUUGUGUCUAGCAGGUAUUUGGUUUAUGUGUAACCUCCAGCCACUUGACGCGUGGAAGCACUUUACAAUGGCUGGGAACUGUUUCUAUUCAGCCGUACUUGCAAGGAAGUCCAUGGGAUCUUCAGACCCUUGGUCCCUGGAGCUGGUGUCACAGGCUACGGCUCAUGCCAUUUUUCACACCGCAUACAAGUCUGAAUUAGAAAUUCGCUAUGAGCUGGAAAUCCCCGGCUCUGUUCUAGAAUAUAUUGAGGAUCAACUCAUCUUUCCCUCACCGCCAGAGAUUAGCGACACUCCACUUGAAGUCCAAAGUACCAAGACCAUCACCUGGUAUUACUAUCUUGCGGAUAUAGCAGCCCGUCACCUCAUCAACCGCAUAGUAAAUGCCAGGCACAAACUAAGAGGACCCCCCAACGAAACCGAAGUCCGAGCCUUACUCCGGGAUUACAAGAUCCUUAGCUCACACGUUGAAGACUGGUAUAAGUCUCUUCCACAAGAGAUCUCGUUUGACCCACCAAAUUCACCUAUCACGCCAGAGGUAGACUGGUUUAAAAAUAUCCUGCGUGCUCGAUACCUGCUCAUUUGUGAGAUCCUAUGUCGCCCUUUCCUGCGAAUAUGCCUAAAUUAUACUCUGAAUCUCUCUGAGCAGUUGAAGACCGAGGUAGCUCGUAUAGCUUCUCUGGGCUUGCAGUAUUGUGUGUGGAGUCUACAGUCUGUUGGUAACCUGACAAGGCUUGAUCACGGGAUGUGGACAGGGAUCCGCUAUUUUACUGCUAACGCGAUGAUUUUGAUUGGAGCCGCUCGGAGCCACAUGUUUCCUGCAUUAAAUGGCGCGUGCUAUAUAUGGUUGCCAACAGAUUGGCGCGGCAGUGUCAAGCACUUCUUGGACACGCUAGAGAUUUUCUCCGAAGAGACGAGAGGAGGUGUAAUAGAGUGCUACAAAAUCAUUCUCUGGGGGCUCGAGGACUUUGAUCGCACUGCUGCUUAGCCAUGCCCACAGUUCUUGUGGCCG